AUGCUCGUUUUGGUACAAAUGGCACGACUAAUUUUAUUCUGCAUCGCAGUGCAUUUAUUCUGGAGUGAGCUUACAGGUUCAGUAGAGCUGAAAGGGACGCAUUGUCCAGGUCAAGGCAGUCAGUGCUCCCAGCAUGGUGUAUGCGCGAUUAACAGACGAGGGGAGCAUGUGUGCAAGUGUCAGUGGGGCUACACCUCGUCAGACUGUUCGAAGAAAAUGUGCCCACAUGGAACCAAUCCGACAUUGUCCCAUCAAGAAGAUAAAAAAAUUCGUCUACGUAUAUCGACAAAUGGUGACGCCACAAUUAUAGGUGGAGCAUUGUCAAUAACAUUUCAAGCGCACACAAUUGAGAUGGAGCUUCCGCUCGAUUACAUGACGAGUGAUAUGUGCUCAAACAAUUUUCGACGAUUUCAAAAUUUAGGAGAGCUGACGUGUGAGCUAGUAUCUCUUAAUACACCUACGCUGGCCAUAUUUGACAUCACAAUACACACAUUUCCUACUUUUCCAAUCAUGAAUAAUCUCUUUCAUCAUGAUGGUAACCCGCCCGUGUCCGAAUUUUGGUGCGAUGCCAGUAACGCCCAGCUUAUCUCAUCGUCAGGAUCCAUUCAGUGCACAUUCGAAAGUAUGAAUGAGAUUAAUGUAAAAUCGUACGAAGAGUGUAGUGGACAUGGGGAUUGCAAUUUCGAUUCGGGACUUUGUGUUUGCCACGAAGGAUUUUAUGGAGAUCAUUGUGGAAAUCAGAAAGACGAUGAAGAUGUCUUAAUUGCACCAGCUGUAGGACCAUUUUUCAAGGGAAAUGUUCUACUUCUAUCAGCGACGCGCGAAAUGUCCGCCGACUUUCACCUUAUGCGCGCCAAUGUGGGUGGGCAAGCGCUGUUUACUAUGAAUGGACGUGGUGACACCACGUGGCAUCAUGGAUCAUUAAACUUGCGCCAAGGUGGGUUGUUUAUGAGUGGCGGUGCCUUUCAGGCUCAAAAAGGGAGCACGUUUGCGAUGAAUGAUGGACGAUUGCGAUUACAAGACUCCUCGUUACUGUUGCAGCUACACAAGGCCAGCGAGUUCGCGGUUAGCGGCUCCGCUUUGCUACAUAUUGAAAGGGUUGAUGUAGCUACCAUGUCUGAAAUGUCAACACUUCCCGAUUAUUUGCGUAUCUCGCAGCCAAAAGGACCUAUUUUUCGAAUCAGUGGCGGAGGACAGACAAUAAUCCACAAUGGUGGUCUUGAGAUCUUAAAGGGUGGUCUGAGACUCGAGCGAGGUGGUAUUCAGGUACUUUCGGACGGCAUCAAAGUGAUGAGUGGAGGACUUGAUAUACAGAAUGGAAAUUUAGCUGUGCAAUCUGGCACCCUAAGUCUAAAAAAUGGCCAAACAACGCUGGUUGCACCAGCUGGUCCAGUAUUGUUGUUGCAGCGUGACAAAAGCGAUAGUGCAUCGUCAUUUGGCCCGCUAAUCGAAGCGAGAGGUAACCAAAACAGUGAAAGCAAAGUAUUUGAAGUUCUUGAUACAGGAUCGACUAUUGUACACGGUGGCGGCGUUCACGUGCUCGCUGGAGGUGUGACAAUCGCAUCUGGAGGCCAAACCAUUGUAUCAGGUGGUUUACAUGUAGAGUCAGGCGGAAUUCAGAUCGAAUCUGGAAAACUUACAACGCGAGAUGGUUUUUCUAUUGAAGAUGGAGGACUAAGUGUUCAGAAUGAUCAAGUGAAUGGCAAAGCACUUCGUGUGGCGUCCAAAAAUGUUAAUUUUGCUGGAGCACUGUUAAGCUUUGACCUCACCAGCCAGCAUCAUGAAAUUCCGCCGUUUUGUAUUAUUGAAGCCUUAAAACAGCCUCUCGAUAAUGAUAGCUAUACGAUAGAGCGCGUAUUUUCACUGGACUCGCUGGGCAAUUUAAAGACUCAAGGAGACGUCACUACAACGCACGGGGGGCACAUUAUUGCAGGUGGACCACUAAUCUCACAAGCUCAGACCGUUUUUUCAAGUCUUCUAUUUCGCGCCUCACAUCACUUUACCAUUCCAAGCACCAACAGCUAUGUUAAAAUUACAAGCGAUGGGGUGAAAUCUCCCAACGAUGCGAGAAUCGAUCGUCAACAUGCAUACGCCGGUCAAUUACUCGUCAUUCAGAACGACGACGAAGAGCCACUAGGAGGCGAAAUUAAUGUAGCGACCGGUGCAGCAGCCAUUUACGUCUUUGACGGCGAUGUUUGGCGUCCUCUCACUGCAGCAACGUUUGACACAUCGACACUCACAAGCGUGAAAACAUUUGAAGCUGCAAACGAUCUCGACUUGGGUGGAGUAACACUGUCGGUGCAGUCUGUUCAAGUCGCUGGACAACGUGCUGGCUUUGUAGCUGUUUAUGGCAAAGGUGGUAUUCUUGAGCAGCAUGACAGUCUACAAUUUGAAGCUGCUUCAGGCACACUUAAAGCUGAAAAUAUUGAGGUGAAGGGCAUCAGUGGCUCCAUUGAUAUGACUGAGAGUGAGCUGCGAGGUGUUGAAAUUUUUGGCGGGCAUAUCAGCAGCGUCAACAUGACAGCCAUCGGAAUGUUAGAAGUGCAGGGAGAACUAUUUGUUGAGAGCGAAGCAUUUUUUGGUGCCAGUUUGACAGUGGGAGGGCAAGUAAUGGGAUCAGGAGCCUACGUGGAUGCAUCAGAUGAACGUUUCAAGCGCGAUGUGCAUCGCAUUACUAACGCUUCAGAAAUUGUCGCUCAACUGCGGGGUGUUGAGUAUGAGUACAAUACAGCGAAGUUUCCCACUAAGUUCUUACACGACGGACGACGUGAAUUAGGAUUUAUUGCUCAAGAGGUUGAGAAAGUUGCACCUCAAGUUGUCUACACAAAUCGAGAAGGAUAUAAAUACGUGGCAUACGCAAGAUUAAUGCCUGUAGUCGUUGAAGCUCUUCAGCGCGAGCAACAGCGUGCGGAUGAUAACGAGAAGCGGCUGCACCAGCUUUAUGAUGAAAUGAGCAAUCUAAAACUCACACUUCAAGCCCAGCAAGAAAUGAUCCAACGGCUUGAAAAGCAAUGUGCUAAACAAAAUGAUGUCUAA